AUGGCAUGGACUGUGUGGCUUCUAUGUCUCCGGCUGGUCUUAGCUCAAGAACUGGGAAUAGGAAUCUAUGGACCAAUGACCUCAUAUUCGCAGUGGGACAUAGCUGUCGUGGCGGCUUUCGAUUUAGACUUGCGCAGAAACUUUGACCCAAGCAUUGCGAGUCGUUUUGGUGAACGGCCAAUCAUCCAUGUGCCUAACCUGCAUCCACAGGUGGCAAAUCUGACUCUGCGCAUAGGCACCAGUCAUUCAAAAUCAGAAGCUUGGCGGACCUUUCCACCGGAUGUGGUACAGGGCAAAGCUAUGUGGAAGUGGAUCGUGGUGUUUCGAGUACCGCUGUUGAUGUGCAUCUAUGGUCUUGAACCCUAUGGUCAGGGUCUUUUCCAAGUGGUGGAAAAUGAAGCAAGGACAGCAGGUGAGCAGCAUCGCUUUCGAGGAGUUGCCAUGCGCAACAUGGAAAUCUUUGUGGUUGAAGAGGCAAUGAUAGCAAUUGACUUCGUUCGCUCCUUCAAAAGCCGCUUCUUGUUUCUUUCUACCAAUGUAGGGCUGAACGAUGGUUUGCUGCCUCUUCUAGACCGAGAAGGCUUUUUUGACCAUGGCUGGCAAGUUGUUGCAUCAGAGACAGCCACAAAUUAUGCAAACUUUCCCGUGGGCUUUAUGCGGUGGAAGCCGGUGAGUGAAGGUCCCAAGUAUCAGGACUUUCGAGAGCUUUGGUCAAAGAUGAGAGCCACAGAUGUCCUAUCAGAAGAAGCCAGGGCUCGCUAUGGGAUUGACAGCUUCCGAAUACCACUAGACGAAGCCACGGUACCUCCGAUUACAGAUGCUGGGUUUGUGGACCCCAGCCUGGCCCUUGAUCUGUAUGAACCAUUCUUGUUCGAUGCUCUCUACGCCUUUGUCAUUGCCAUCAACACGUUGUUGAAUGGGGGUGUUCCCCUAGAAGAAAUCAAGGGUGACAGGUUGUUAAACCAGCUGCGCAUCACAGAGUUCGAAGGCAUCUCAGGUUUGGUGAGUUUUGACCAGUACGGCGACCGGCAGGCGUCUUACGAGCUUGUCAAUCUACAUCCAGAUGGCUUGAGGGUAGCUGCCCUGUACCGGGGGGUGGAAGAUCAGUUGGUGGUGGCAGCUGGCAGUGUCUAUUGGGUGGGAGGUAUGCGGGUAGACCAGCCACCUUCGUUCCUGACGGAUUGCGGUCCCGGCUCUUACAAGGACGAGUUGCUGGGGCAGUGCGUCCCCUGCACCCGAGGCUUCCAAUGCAUCAACGGCACCCAGGAGCUGUGCCCUAAAGGCACCUUCUCCAACGUCUCGGGGGCAACUUUCUGUCGCAACUGCUCCAAGGGCAGCUUCUAUGGAGAUUUGGGCUCUACCAGGUGUACCAGCUGCCAAGCGGGCUUUUAUGCAGAUGAAGAGGGCUUGGAAACCUGUCGGAGAUGCCCCAAGGGCACGUAUGUGUCCGCCCUUCACGCGGAAAGCUGCUUUGAUUGUGGCAUGAACCAAAUCACCGAGGAAAGUGGGUCGCAGCUUCAAUCUGACUGUCGCUGUGCCCAAGGCACCUUCAUGUGCGACACUGGGCCCAGCCUGGGCUGUUUAACCUGUCCUGAGGGCCUUCUCUGUGCCACGGGCCUGGACCCACCUGUGCAUCAGCCCGGAUACUGGACCAGUGCAGAUGACACCUGCAGAUUCAAGGUGCUGAAAUGCCGCAACGCGCGGGAGUGCCCAGGGAAGAUGUCGCUCGGUGGCUGUGCGGCAGGAAGGGAAGGAAGGGCCUGCAACAAUUGCAAGCCAAACCACUACCCAAAAGAUGAUGGUACAUGUGCCGAAUGCGGAGCCACUGACUUUUUGCCUUCCGUGCUCUUCAGUCUGGCUGCUCUGAACCUUUUCAUUUUGUUCGUGCGCCUUUUGCAGGGUGACCUUGACCAGAUGAGUUUGAACACUUUGACAGUGGCCGCAGUGGGAGGUCAGAUGGUGACAGCCGUGCAAGCUUUGGGUUCAAUCAGACAACUGUCCAUCGAUUGGGUGGAACCCGUCCGAUCACUCAUCAGCCUCACUCAAGUGCUGGUUCUGGAUCUGGACCUCGUGCGGAUCUCCUGCGUGGAUGGCAUCGAUAGCCCCACGGUGAAAUUCGUGCGGCGCCUGAUGCUUUGUCCCAUUGGCAUCGGAUGCAUCUUGAUCACCUGGGCAGUCAAGAAAUGCCUGGGGCAGAAGAUGCACUUUGAUACCAUCUUUAACAUUUGUGGCGUCUUCACCUUCGCCCUCUUUAUCUCCAUCACGCUCUUUGUGGUGGAUCCGCUGCGGUGUGGAAGAAAUCCAGAUGGAUCGCUCUCCAUGUUAUCAAAUCCUGGGGUGAUCUGUUUUGACUCCGGGGAGCAUUUCGUGAUGCUGUUCUUGUGCAUUCUGGGGAUCCUGUGCUAUCCCAUGACCAUCAUAAGCUGGGCGACCUAUACUACUUGCAGUUAUCCCUCUAGGAUCACUUCAGGACAGGGCCUCCAGUUAGUGCAUCGGCACCGCUUCCUAUUUCAACGUUUCAGACCCCAGCGCUACUACUACGGUUUGCUGCUGCUUUUGCGAAACGCUAUGCUCGCGCUCUUCCCAGUGAUUUUUACCCCUGUCCCUUCACUUCAGAUUGAGAUCAUGGGAUUUGUGUUGCUCACAGCAUCUGCGUUGCAGAUUCGCCUAUGGCCCUGGAGAACGGAAUUAGCCAACUACACAGAUUUGGCCAUCAACCUUCUCCUUCAGAUCUUGCUGCUGGGAGUUUCUCCCUUAGUUAGUCGAGAUGCCGAGAAAUCCACAGUUCUGCUGGGAUAUCUUCUGAGCUUCGCGGUCCUGAGCCCCUUCAUUGCAGGCCUCGUGGUCAUCAGCCAUGCAAUCUGGCGCCAUUUCAUACCCCCGAGCCUCUUUGGCGUAUUCUUGUGCCACCACAAGGGCAGCGCUGGGAGUCUCUGUCGCCUCCUCAAGCUUUUGGCCGCAAAACACACCAAGAGUCAGAUCUUCCUGGAUUCCGACCAGCUGGAGGACUUAGACCUGAUUUUUGACACCAUUCGAGGCAAGACCAAGAGUGUGGCAGUGGUUUUAACACCACACGUCUUGAAGAGGAUGUGGUGUGCUGGUGAGAUUGUGACAGCCUACAAGAAUCAAGUCCUGACGGUCCCAUUGAUGUGUGAUGGCUACACCCCUCCGGAUGACGAAUUUCUGGAGCACCUUGAAGAGGUUUGGACGGCGCAGCAAAGGCAAAUCCUGUCGUUCCAUGGCAUCAGCAUGGAAGAUGUGCAGCAAGCCUAUGCUUGGCUCUUGCAGCUGGAGUGCUUGGAUGUGCAUCGCUUUGGAGCAAUGGAUGAGCUGGAGAACACGGUGGUGGAGCUCCUUGCGCGGGUGAAGGUGCCCAUGAAGCUCUUCCGUCAAAGUCCCACCGCUUCGCCUCACUCUGUGCGUGUGAAAGCGCGAAUUCUCAUCACAGGCUCCGUGCGCGAUGGAGAAGCUUUGGCAUCAUUGGAGAUUUUCCAAAUUUUGGCGCAAAAAACCAUGCAACGCGAAUGUGCCGUAGUUCGGUCCGCCAAUGAGCUGUUGGCCUAUCGGCCAUGGGCCUACUAUCUGGUGGUGCUCUUGUCUCGCGGUAUGCUUCGAGACCCAGGCUUUGCCAAAACUUUGCUCAGCAUUCAUUUGGAAGGAGAAACCAAAAAUCGGCCAUUGGAACUGGUGACAGUCAGUGCGGACCCACUCUUCGAGUUUCCCAGCGCCGAGUUCUUCAAGGACUUAGAAGAUUUUGGUCUGGGGCUUGACAAUCAGGGGGAAGCGCCCUUACCCGUUGAGCUGGGUCCAUUUCUCUCGUCCGCCUAUCGGGCCUUGCUGAACGUCUUGGCUCUGCCCUUGUCUCCCUUGGGUUCUGAGGGCCUUCUGGAGGAGCAGGUCUCAGAGAUUUGUCGCCGCUUCCGGCGCUACAAGAACCCGAUCUAUGCCACGGCCCUGGAUGAUGAAGAGGAUUUAAAGGUGGAGGGGGAUGGUGUGGAUCCACAGAGCCUGAUUGAAGAGAAUGGUUCGAUGGGCAUUUUCACGGACUGCACCGUGAAGAAGCAGGCCUUUUCUCGAGCAAAAAAGUCUUUGACAUGGACUGAGACCGGGAACAUGAUUGAAAGUCGCGAAGGUCAUAUGAAUGACAAUAUCUUGAAUCAAACCAACCGGCAGAAGAGGGAGAGACUAUCCACUGGCAGUGCUGAUAGUCGCGAAUCAGAGUGGCAGGUGUUCCAGAUUGUGGAGGAACUCCCCUCGGAGAGCUGGAACCCUGAUGUGCCGAGCACUUUGUCUUCAAAGCGUGACCUCGAUUCAUGGAAUCCGGAUUGGCAGGUCAACAUCUCUCUUCAAUGUAUCCGUGAAGACCAGGAUGACAAUUUGGUGGAGAUAUGA